GCUAGAUACCUUGUAGUGUAGCUAGCAGGCAAAUCUACAUCUUUACUUCGGUUUGGUAUGGCGGAGGGAAGCGGGAAUGUGAAUGUCGCUCCGGCCAGUCUUCCCCCCGGAGACCCGCAGCUGAUCGGUAUGAUUGUGGAGCAUCUGAAGAAUCGGGGGCUUUUUGACGAGUUUCGUAGGGACUGUCUCGCCGACGUUGAUACGAAGCCUGCCUAUCAGAACCUGCGACAGAAAGUUGACAACUAUGUCACGUCGCACCUGAGCACUCAGGACUGGAACCCGUCCAUCAACAAGAACCAGAUGAGGAACGGACUGAGACAAAGUGUCGUUCAAUCAGGUAUGUUGGAGUCUGGUGUGGACAGGAUCAUCACGCAAGUUGUGGACCCCAAGAUGAACCAUACUUUCCGGCCACAUAUAGAAACUGCCAUCCAUGAUUUCUUGUCAGGAGAAAAGAGGGAAGAGAACAACGUGUGUCCUAACUCUGCACCGUCUGAACAGACAGAACAACAGGAGGCCCCGUCUGCCUCUGGCCCCAAAACCCCCUGAGGUACAUGUGCUGGUCUGCACACAGUGCUGUAUGGCUGUGUUAGCCCUUUGAAAGGUGCGGCAUCAGGUGGGAAGAAGACAAGGAACAGGAGGUUGUUUCCUGCUACCUCAGUUGAAAAGACAGGAGUCUGGAGUCUUUCUGAGGUUGGACAAUCGUGAGUGGUGCACUUUCACUGCACUCCGCAGCUCUUGCCGUGUAAAAACACAUGGCACAAACCUGAAUUAAUAUUUUUGAUUUUUUUUUUUAUUGUUAUGGGUGAUAUCAGAAAGAUUUUUACUUCAGGAAGUUGUAUGUUGUGUAAUGCCGAUUACUCACUCACCCUGUUGGUGUGUAUAGACAUUUUCCUCAGAAACCCAUCAAUAUCUUAAACAUUCAAACUACACUGAUUCAGAAUGAUGGAUGAAGUCAGUGCGUUGGAUCCAGUUAGGAGGAUUAGAGGAAGAAGAAGCAGACGUUUCCUUCUAAAUCAGAUAGACUAUUGAAAGACAUCUAUGUAAAUAUAUUUUGAUCCGUAGCUAGAAGUCUUCAAUUUUUAUCACACCAUGUCAGGUUUCCUUUUGGUGCAUGUAUUUAAUAUGUAGCAUUCACUGUUCAUCCUAUGUGCUUAACUAAACAUACUUGACAACA